CUGAGCCACAGCGAGAUCACAGCGCCAGCUCUCGCGCCGCGUGGGCAGCACUACACGCCAGCCGUGGUCCGUACGCCCGCCGCCGCCGCCGGGCUGCCCCUCGAGCGCCGGCGAUGCAGGCCCACCACCGCCGCAGCCUCUGGCCCGGCGCACACACAACAUCGAUGCUGCCCGGCUUCGUCCCCGACGAGACGACGACGAUAGGGGAGGCGCCGCUCACGAAACCCAAGGUCUGGUUCGACGCGCGCGCCAACAAGGCGAGGAUCACCUACCCGCCCGGCGGCGGGCCCCUGUCGGUGCCGCCGCCGCGGCGCCAGAACCAAGAGCUCGACUCCCUGGUGUUCUAUACGCAGCCGGCCGAACCGGAUAUACCAGCGCGCUUCCCGGAGAUGACGCCGAUCAAAAAGCUUCUGAGGAGAGACGACAAUGUGGAUGGGGUGUCCGAUUGGCCGCCGAAGCCACGUAGACGGGGCACGGCGCGGCCGACGGGCGACGGGUUGAUUCCCGACGGCCACGGCGGGUUAAUAGCACGCAAAGGCGACGAAGACAAGUGCAUUGUGUACUACGGGGCCACGAACGGCCGAGCACAAGCCCAGCUCGACGCGACGAUGACACCAAUACAAAACGAACAGCAGACGUCGCGGCGCCACUUCGAGGCCCACGCCUCUCCAUUGUUGCAGGAGCGUUUUGGAAGGACGCCGGCGCCGAAGUGGGUCGACCACUUUGGUGAAGACGGCGUGCCGACGGUCGGGCCCCAGCCCGCGCGCGUCCACCGCAAGCCGCCGUCCUCGUCCUUCCAGCGGGGGCAGUUGAUCAUGCCGAGUGAAGGCGCGUCUGUGUCGCCUUCAUCAAAAGGCGGCAUGAAUCCCCAAGCGCGGGCCUCGCAUUUCGAAGAAGAUUUUGUACCCGGGGAAGUCGACGAGUUCCUCGUGCGCGCCGACAAGAUGCGGGGCCACCAGUUCCCGCAGCGCACGCGGACGUCGUUCAAGGACGAGGCGCUCGUCGUGCCCCAGGACUUCCCCUACCGCGAGCCCGUCGAGCCGCAUCCCACCGUCCGCGAUUCCUUGUAUGGAGCCAAAGAAGGGCUCGUGUCGACGGUGGAGCCCGCGGGGCGCGGCCGGCGCCAGGUCCCGCGGUCCCAGCGCGUGGCGCUCGAGGGGGCGUUCGACGGGGCGUGGGGGUAAGUUUUCAUCGCGAUCAUACCUAUGAGCGUGUGGCGAUCGAACAGUGGC